UGAACACCUAAGAAAUCAAUACGACUCGAAAAAUCGGUGUCAUCGCAGAACGUUUAUAGUCUCUUUAAAAUCCGCCACAUUUCACGCCUGCCACAUUCGGGCAGACGUAUCUCUUCACUUCCUGCCCGUGACACCUCCGCCGGGUUAAGGAGACGAGCUCUGUGCUGUGUUUGGAUAAUUCAGAGUCGAGCGGACGAGCUUCCGCUUUGGGCUGCAGCCGUGCUGUCACAUCGGGAGGAUGAACAACCAGAAAUGUAGCCCCCUACUUCAGAAACCAAGAGGACGGACGAGGAUUAUACAAUGUAUCUAUGUGGUGGGCUUCAUGGACUUGUUUGGCGUGAGCAUGAUCAUACCGCUGCUGAGCCAUCACGUGAGGGCCCUUGGAGCAAGCCCCACUGUGGCUGGUAUUGUAGGGUCUACAUAUGGGAUCUUACAGCUCUUCUCGAGCACAAUAGUUGGGAGCUGGAGUGAUGUGGUGGGCCGGCAGUACUCUCUGCUGACCUGUCUGCUGCUGAGCGCUCUAGGCUACGGCCUGCUCGGGAUGUCCACCAGCAUCACUUUGUUUGUCCUCGCACGGAUUCCUGUGGGGCUGUUCAAGCACUCCCUGUCCAUCUGCAGAGCGCUGCUGUCUGACCUGGUGUCUGAGUCAGAGCGCCCUCUGGUGAUGGGACACUUCAAUGCAGCCUCCAGUGUUGGCUUCAUCCUGGGUCCUGUGGUGGGCGGCUACCUCACGGAGCAUGAAGGCGGCUUUUAUACUUCGUCCUUUACCUGUGCCGUCAUCUUCCUCACUAAUGCAGGGCUUGUAUGGAUGCUACCAUGGAGCGAAACGCUAAUUCUCCAUAAUGACAAUGACUCCAGCAACGACACAAGUAAAGUUUGUCAUGACAACAACUGCAGUAAGUCGGUUCGCAAUGGCUCUCGUGCAAAUAGUCACCACCCAGUGUCGGCAGCAGAGACUGACCCAGGCUCCAGAGCGCCGGGGACGCACCGAGGGGGUCUCGGGUGGAGGGAGGUGUCCCUGCUCCAGCCUGCCUGGAGACAGCUGUCCUCAGUGGGCUCCAAGAUCUACAUGGUGGCCUCCUCUGACAUGUGGGACCUCUUCCUCAUGCGUCUUCUGAUGGCUAUAGCUAUCAUGCUUUACCACAGUAACUUCUCUCUGGCGAUGGAGGAGCGUUUCUCCCUCAAACCAAAGGUGACAGGUUAUUUGAUCAGCUACAGCAGCACCUUAGGGGCCCUGGCUGGUUUGCUGGUGGGGCCCGUCACCCAGCUGUAUGGGAAAAACAUGCCUGCUCUGCUGCUCCACUCCACAGUUCUCACCUGUUCACUCAUUUUCCUGUACGCUGUCGCGCCCAGUGUGUGGCAGGUGCUGCUCACCGCCACCUUCUUUACCAUUUCCACCACGAUCGGACGGACAUGCGUCACAGACCUGGAGCUACAUAGAGGAGGGGCCCAGGCCAGUGGGACUCUGAUCGGAGCCGGGCAGUCAGUGACAGCAGUCGGCCGAAUCCUGGCCCCUCUCCUCUCUGGCCUGACCCAGGAGUUCAGCCCAUGUGGCCCCCCCAGUCUGGGAGUGGUCUUAGCUCUUGCAGCUGUAGGUUUAAUGCUCAUUAGGAUCCCCAAAUGGGACAGAAAAGGGAUGACAAAAGAAAGCCAAGCUCUGAGUGACUGAAUUAAUUUAAAAAUAAUUGCAAAUCUACCACACGGAGAAGUGCUCUUAUUUUGUAGGCAGCCAGUGUGAAGUUUUGUGAAGAUGAACAGCAGGCUCACAGUGGGAACGAUAUGUCCUGCUGGAAUGCCCCUGGCAGUCGCAUCUGUGGAUGCGACAACAUCCCAGUAAAUGGCUCAUCACCACCAGCACUGCAGCAGAUCUCUCAGAAAAAAAGCAGUUUCAAAACUCAUUGAGGUGACGUUAUAGCUGAGAAAAUGAAUCUGCUUCCCCCAGGGCUGAAGUUUGACGCAACAGAAACGUAAGAGCCUUGCGUCGGCACAUGCUACUUGGGACAGCUCGGAAACAAUGCACACUUUAUUUUUAAUGUAAUUCUCUAACCACUACAUUGUACACAGUCCUUUAGAGUUAGUGUCAACCUGCUGAUGAUACACUAAUGGUGAAAAUAACUUAUUCUAAUUCAUCAAAAUACAAGACGGCGACAAUUACCUUACGGCAGUAAUGCUUAAAACAUUCAGAAAUGAACUGACCCUCAAGGUAGAUCACACUGUUGUUUAAGAGUAGGCAAGUCAGCCAUAAUUAGUUUGAAUCAUUUUACCUCAAUGCCAGUUGUUUCUAUGAAUGCACUGCAUCCAAAAUGGUUCCUACGGUGGUAUACGACCAAAUGUUUGUUCUUAAUCUUACAUUUACAGAGAUUUGUUCAUUUUUCUUAGGAUAUGUUUAGUGGAUAUUUUAAGAAAUUAUAUGGGAACAUGUGGUAAUUUUGACAUGCUUUCAUGUUCAAAACACAUUUUUCUCACAUUGUCUUAAUAUACCUGAAGUCAUCCUCUGUCUGAAAAGCUCCCUUUUUAGAGCCCGUCUCUUUAAGCCCCCCUCCCGAAAAAAGCCCAGGUACACCUUUGCAAAGUUCUCAAGCUGUGGGUGGAUCAAGAUGGGUGGCGGUAUAUUCUUAUGAUCCUAGAUGUGACAUAGGAAGGGGAUCCAGAUCUGAAUGGCUUUCGGAUCUAGGCAGCCCACAAAGAUACUGACUGGGUUCUCUUAUUUCACAGCUUGUGGGUUUGGGAGGUUUAAAUUAUCAACUGUAUACUGAUCUCCACUGUUGUUUAAAAGCCCAAAUACCCCCUGGUUAAGAGGGAGAAUUGUAUACAUUUCUGUAAAGCUGUCAGUGAAUCUAUGAAGUACAUGCCAUAUUUGUGCCAAAAAGUCACAAGUAAUAACAUUUGUGUAUGCAAGUCUUGAGUUGUAAAUGAAACAAUGACAUAAAUGCUUCAUUCUUAUAGACUGUACUUAUUUCCCCAUCUCCUCUUUCCUCCAUGCGCAGUGCCUUCAGUGUCACAUUUAUAAACUUGCACUGUGACCAUGGUUUGAUUGAGAAUGCUUGAUAUCAGCUUCCAACAACAUAGAAAAUUUAUUACAGAAAAAAUAUUAAAGUGGGCCCAAAUAUGUGAGGUCCAUCACUGUAAUCGACACACAGAAGGCCUCCAGUUAGUCCCAAGAGAACUUUGUACUGCACAGCAAUAGUUCCUCAUGUUAAACUAAUAUGGCCUAAAUAUAAAAACUUGUAUUCUCAAUUAUACAACUGUCACACACAAUAGUACAAAAAAAGUAUAUUAUUUACAUCCAAGGAGAGAGAAAUAAUGACUAAAAAUAAAAUAGUUUAAAUUACAUAAUCUUUAAAAAUCCUACAGGAAGAUAACGUAUUGAAAAUCACAUUGAUGUGAAUGGGUGAAGUAACUGCACGGAUAAAAUUGUCAGAAUGAGUCACUGGUGACGAUUCAUGUCGCGUUGCUUCACUAUAGUGCACUCUGCUUCUGGUGUGGCUGACACCGUUGACUUCAAGGCAUUACCAUUUUGGCUCAUUUUGGAGGAUGGUUCACCUCUAAUAAGGAAUGAAUGGACCUCCAGUGGUCAUUUAUCGUUGAGUGGUAUGAACACACAGUCGUAUGUAGAGACCCUGGAGCUGCUCGAGAACCUGAGCCUGUGGCAGUCCAGCUGCUCUUGAAAGCCCAGGGACACUUUUAUAUCUUCGGGUUCCACUGAGGCCGCCUGAGCAGAGGGUUUUGCGCUGCGUUGUCUCGGGGUUCAGUAGCCCAGCCUGGAGGUGGGGACGAAGGCUGCUGCUCGUCUUCUGCUUCAUGAUGCCCGUUCCUGAAGUUAUCAGCUGAGGCGCUUUCGGUUUCAACGGAGGAGUAGAGGCGACGGUGAGGAGCGGGAAUGUGGGAAUCACUGGAGGAGGAGUUUGUUCUGGACGUGACACGCCCCGACCUGCCUCUGUCCUCCCCUGUGAUCUCAUCCAGCAUGUCAACAGAGUGUGCCUCUGUUACAGUGUCCAGCCUGCGUAGAGGCAUCAUGGCUCCGGAGGAGGAGCGUGCGGGCUGGCCAAACCGAGAACGUCUGGAGGGGUAGGCCACCUCCGACAUCGUUUCCUGAUCAUCUGGGACAGUGGAAGAACAUGACAAAAUUAUAAAGAAAUUAUGAAGGGAAUUGAAUUAGGCCAUCACACAGUUGCAUGUAAGUAACUGCAAAUGAAUGUUGGUACAGAGAUUUACCUCAAUAUUAAACCUCAUUGACCUGCUAGUGGGUCAGUCAUCACAAACUUCUGAUUCUUGCGUUUAAAAUGAUUUUUCCAACCUUAAAUCUACUUAAGAAGCCUUAAAUGGGGAAAACUAGUAGUUUCAGAAGCUCACCUGUAUAGCUCUGCCUCCCAGGGGGGAAUUUUGAAUCCAGACUUUUCCCAGCAGGAAGAGAGAAAUAUUUCUGGGAUUUGGGUACCACCUGAUAACAUGGGAUUAAAACAGCAGAAUAGAAAGGGAGAGAAAAAGGAGAAUAAUGAAUGAGGGAUGAGAAUAUGGAAAACAAACUUGUUGUUAAAUUUGGGACACUUUUCAUCUCAGUGUAGCUGAGAGAUAAUUAACCUGCUUCUCACAAGGUUCAAUACUGCUCUCACUUCCUUACUUUUAACUAAGGGGCUGAGAACAUACUGCACGUGGCUCAUAAUGCAACACCUCAAGUCAAUACCAGCCCCAGUGAAAGAGCUGCCUGCUUACCGAUGACUGAAAGCUGCCAGGUCGGAUGCUGCGGCGGACGCUGGCGUGGC